AUGAAUACCCUACAAAGCAAUGGAAACAUCACCAAGAUGGAUUCAGGACAAUUGAACGUAAUCGACAUAGAUCAAAAUAUUUUCCUUAACAAGAAUUCUUUCCCAGUACACGAAUCAUACAGUCAACAUGAUAAUAAGACGGGCAUAAACAGAAACAUAAAAGAUGUAAGCAUAUAUAAAGAGAUGUACGAAGAAAGUAUUAAGAACCCAGAAUUAUUUUGGGGAAACAUAGCAAAAAAUAGUUUAAGGUGGUUUAAAAUGUUCACCAAAGUAUACAUGGGAAAUUUUAAAAAGGGCAACGUUAGCUGGUUUGUUAAUGGCAAAAUUAAUGCAUGUGAUAAUUGUGUAGAUAGAUGGGUUGAAAAACAUCCAAAUAAAACUGCAAUAAUAUGGGAAAAAGAUACACCAAAUGAUUAUAAAAAAAUAAGUUAUCAAAAAUUGUUGGAAAAGACCUGCAAAAUUGCCAACCUAUUAAAAAUGUAUGGAGUAAAGAAGCAAGAUGUGGUCACCAUAUAUUUACCCAUGAUCCCAGAAAUUGUGUAUACUAUGCUAGCAUGUGCUAGAAUAGGUGCAAUUCACAAUGUCGUCUUUGCUGGGUAUUCUGCAGGCAGUUUGUGUGAUCGCAUAUUGGACUCCAAGUCCAGGGUAUUAAUUACAAGCGAUUUUGGCAUGAGAGGAGGUAAAUUAACCAAGCUCAAGCAAAUCGCGGAUGCAGCUAUGGACAUGUGUGGCGAUGCCAUAAAAGUCUGCAUCGUUUUUAAAAACAAAACAAAGAUAAGUGAUGCCAAUAGGGCAUACCUGGAAAGCACAUCGAAAAGUAAGUUAUACCAUUCAACCAGCGUCGACUUGAAAGGUGCUGAUAAUUUUUUGGCACAGGGUAAAACGCGAGAGAUAAAUAGCAAGCAAAAUGGCAUGAACCAAAAUGAGUACGAAGAACUGAACAAAUGUGAUAGUACGAAGAGCUACUUCAACUGUAAGCCUAUUCUACAGGGGGGUAGUGCCUCCGCGUGUGCAUCGCUGCUAGGGGAAGGCGAUUGCGCCAAUAACGGUAAUUAUGAUAAUUAUAAUAAUCAGGAUAAUCGCGGCCAUUGUGACCACCCGCAAUGUAACUGGAUGGAGACCAGCAACCACUGCAACGCCCUCACCGAGGACAGUACCAACAGCGAUGGCACAAAAUGUAAAGCGAUACACACCCUGCAUAAAAAAAUAUGCAAAAAUAACAACCUAGGGAAGAACAAUCCCAAUUCAGAUAAAACAGACUAUAGUAAAGAAAUUAGCAAUGGACACCACAAAUGCAGUCAUGGAGGAGAGGGCACUAACAACAUUGGAGACAAGAGCAGCCACUCCUUGGGGGCAGGGUCAUGUCAUUAUAUCAAUUCAUUGACGAGUAAAUCUUGCGUGGGCACUUCAAAGGAGAGAAUAUCAUUUGAAGGGAAAGGUUACUGUAGGAAUGAUUCCAACAAGAGCAAUUUUGACGCGAGCAUAUGCACGUUAAAAGAAGGUCGAGAUGUGGAUGGUUCCGCGUUAAUGAAAAACAUGAGAGCGUAUUGUCCAAUAGAAUAUGUAGACAGUGAAGACUUCCUAUGUUUAUUGUACACAUCUGGUUCGACUGGAAAACCCAAAGGUGUAGCGCAUACCAUGGCAGGGUAUUUAUUAUAUGCUUACACGACAUGUAAGUAUAUAUUUGAUGUAACUCCGGAUGAUAUUUUUGGGUGCGUUGCAGACAUUGGGUGGGUAACUGGGCAUACGUAUGUUUUAUAUGGUCCCCUACUGAACGGAAUAACCACGAUAUUAUUUUCUUCCAUUCCGACUUACCCAGAUUGUGGUAGAUAUUGGAGUUUAAUAGAAACGCAUAAAGUUACGCAAUUUUACACAGCACCUACAGCACUUAGAGCCUUAAUGAAACAUGGGGAUUCAUAUAUUGAAAAAUAUGACCUGUCGUCAUGUCGAAUUUUAGGGAGUGUAGGUGAACCCAUAAAUCCAGAGACAUGGAGAUGGUAUUACAAUAUUGUUGGGAAAAAAAAAUGUGUAAUUGUGGACACCUAUUGGCAAACAGAAACGGGAGGAAUUGUCAUUGCACCGAUACCCAAUUUAUUUAAAAUGAAACCUGGAUGUGCCACUCUUCCAUUUUUCGGUGUCCAAUUAGAAAUUUUAGAUUCUAAAACGUUAGAACCUUUGAAUGGUCCUAAUGUUUGUGGCUUGUUAUGUAUCAAGAGUCCAUGGCCAGGCAUGCUCAGAACUGUGUAUGGGAAUCAUAACAGGUUAGUAAAAACUUAUUUUUCUUCCUGUCCAAAUUAUUAUUUUACUGGUGAUGGUGCAUAUAGAGAUGAAGAUGGGUAUUACUGGAUUUCUGGCCGCAUUGAUGAUACUUUAAAUGUGUCUGGUCAUCGAUUAGGAGCAGCAGAAAUUGAGCAUGCCUUGGUGCAACACUCCUGCAUCGCGGAGGCAGCCGUUGUUUCGUUCCGUCAUGUGGUCAAGGGGGAAGGUAUUCUUUGCUUCGUCGUUAGAAAGAUAUGUGCCUCUAAAAAAUUGGGACAGUUGGAGGGGGUUGAAGCCAAGGGAACACUUGACCAAUGCGUUGACCGCAAGGGUAACACAAAAAAUGUGAAUCCCCAUUCAACAUCCACUUCCAAUUUGGCGGAAAUGGACACCAUGAAGGUUAGUUACACGGAUGACAAAAUUAUAGAAGAAUUAAAAUUUUACGUUAGACGAGCCAUAGGGCCUAUCGCCACCCCAGAUCUCAUUUGCAUAGUGCCUGAUUUGCCUAAAACCAGAAGUGGAAAAAUCAUUAGAAGAAUAUUAAGAUGCAUAGCAAAUGGGGUAAACGAUUUUGGGGAUAUUACCUCCGUUGCCAAUUAUGAAGUUAUCGACAUUAUUGUUAACAAGUUUAGGGAUUCCAAGUUGAAAUUCCAGUCAGGGAUGUAA